AUGCCUACGUUUCACGUUCACAAGCCACGGCUGCUUUUUCAAGCAGUGAGCCCGACUGGACAAGUGUCUGCCGAGUUCAGAAACCAUCGCUUGUACAACCCAUGGGCAGACGAGGACGGAUGGCUUCAAUUUACGAGACUAGAGCUUCGAUUUUACCCUCUCGGCGUCCCCAAGAUCUACGAUUAUCAUCGCUUCCGCUGCAGCGCAAUCUACACGGAUCCGAACACAAGGGAACAGUAUCGAUGUACAAGCGUCUUCCCUGAAAACGGCCAACCACUAAGAGUGCUCAAUGAUAACCGCCCUGAUUUCCACAUUAACACAUGA